UUGCAGCUCGAUAUAUUAUAUUUAUGCGACGUCGGUCAGUCGUUGUAAGAACGUUACAACGCAUCGUUCGGUGCUUCUCUUGAAGUUUUUCCAGAGUUUCUCAGAAUUUGAAAGACAUUGCAUCAUUCUUAAUAACUCAGAAAUGAUCCACAAUGCAGUGAUUAUCACUGACCUAUGUUUAUUAUAAGCAGAAUAAAGAUGAAUACUCUUACCUUUAUCUGUAUUCUGUUGCUGUGCGGAUAUUGUUCUGCAAAUCCAGUUCAAGCACCAAUUUUCAGCAAUGCUUACACUGCCAAAGGAUCAUUAUAUAUUCCAUAUGCUGAAAUUAGAGAGCCUUUUUAUGCUUGGUAUGAUGGCAAAGGAGGCAGAAGUAGAAUAGAUUAUUAUGGAGGUAUGGUCAAGACCUACCAACUUUCAACUGAGGGUUCUUACGGAUCUAGUAUUAAAAUUGCUCCAAUUACUACUGAAGAAGCAGAGAAUCAGGAAACUUGUUUACAAGUAAAUGGAACAUAUGAACAGAAAAUUACACCUCAAACUAUAAUACCUGACACAACGGGAAUGCAGUGUAUUGGAUCCGAUAUGAUAAAUGGAGUUGAGUGUGAAAAAUGGCGCCUUGUUGAAACUAUUGGUGAAAAAACUAAUAAAUACACUUUGUGGAUUCGUUAUAAAAAAUCUUCUUCUUCACCUCCAAUGAAAGAAGUAGUUCCAGUACGCUAUGAGAUGAAGGGUUUCAAUACUCUCUUAGGAUCCCAUUAUGAUCACUACUACUUGGAAUAUGACUGGUUUUCUUCUGAAACUCCUAGCUCUGAAGUAUUUGAAGUAGAACAAAAUUCCUCUUGUAUAAGUUUUCCUGGACCAGGAGAACAUCGCAUUUAUACUUUCAAUCCCAUUAAAGAAUUUGUCCAUAAUCAUCAAGAUCAUGUUGAUUUAGCUUUCGAUCGCUAUAAGAGUCUACAUAAGAAAGCUUAUGCCCAUGAAGUAGAACACAAAACAAGAAGAGAACAUUUUAAACAUAAUCUCAGAUAUAUUCAUUCUUUGAAUCGAGCUAAUUUGGGUUUCACAUUAGAUGUAAAUCAGUUAGCCGAUCGCUCUGAUGCCGAAUUAAAAGUUUUGCGUGGAAAACAAUACACCGAGCACGGUGAUAAUGGAGGACUGCCGUUCCCCCAUGACGUUGAAAAAGAGAAAAAUGAUGUUCCAGAAAGCUUUGAUUGGAGAUUAUAUGGCGCAGUUACACCCGUUAAAGAUCAAUCUGUCUGUGGAUCCUGCUGGAGUUUCGGUACAACUGGAGCAGUUGAAGGAGCUUACUAUAUGAAGUACAAAAAAUUAGUAAGACUUUCACAACAGGCUCUUAUUGAUUGCUCGUGGGGCUUUGGUAAUAAUGGAUGUGACGGAGGUGAAGAUUUCCGCUCCUACCAGUGGAUAAUAAAACAUGGAGGAUUACCAACGGAAGAAGAAUACGGUGGUUAUCUUGGCCAGGAUGGAUACUGUCACGUUAAAAAUGUGACUCAAAUCGCAAAAUUGAAGGGCUUCGUAAAUGUUAAAACUGGAGAUAUUGAUGCCAUGAAACUGGCAAUCUUCAAGCACGGUCCCAUUUCUGUCGCAAUUGACGCCUCUCAUAAAACGUUUUCAUUCUAUUCGAAUGGUGUUUACUACGAACCAUCAUGCGGAAAUACCGAAAUGUCACUGGAUCAUGCUGUCUUAGCCGUUGGAUAUGGAACGAUGAAUGGAAAAGGAUAUUGGCUUGUUAAAAAUUCUUGGUCCAAUUACUGGGGUAACGACGGUUACAUAUUAAUGGCUCAAAAAGAUAAUAAUUGUGGUGUUCUGACAGCACCCACGUAUGCUAUUGCGGCAUAGUUCCUGAACAUCACGAUGAAUCUCUAAAGAAAAUGAAGUUUAAAUUAUCCUAAAACUACGUGAUAUUACAGUUAUAAACGGCUAUGAAUCAUAGUUAUUGAUUCAAUAAAAAGACUUGAUGACUAAAUAUCAAAAUAUUUUCUUGUACUAAGUUUGUAAAACAUCGAAAUACAAUAUUUUUAAGUAUAAAAUUAUA